AUGGCCACCUUGUACAGUGAUGAUAGGACUUUCAUUUCAAGAAGGGCUGGAGCAUUUCCUAAUGUAACUCUUGGAUGGGUUGAUGUUAGAGAUGUUGCCCAUGCGCAUAUUCUUGCCUUUGAAAUCCCUUCUGCAAGUGGAAGAUAUUGUCUGGUUGAGAGAUCAGCACAUGCCUCUCAGGUCAUCAAGAUUUUGCGUGGACAUUACCCUACUCAUAAAUUUCUGGAUAAAUUGUCAGACUAUAGCAACCUUUUUUAUCCAGCCCACACAGUAUCCAAUGAGAAGGCAAAGAAUUUAGGAGUUCGAUUUAUUCCUUUGAAGGUCAGCUUAAAGGAUAUGAUUGAAAGCUUCAGGAAGAAGAAUUUAGUUAGCAUCUUAGCCAAGGCAUUGUUGUAUUGUAUUUAA